AUGUCCAUCCAACUGGGUAUCCUAUCUGGUUUCUGCAAUAUACAAGUACCUAUUGAUGAAGCUCUUGAAGAUCUUCGAGAGGUUGCAAUAAAAAAUGGAUACAAUUGUUCAAAGCGUAUUGCAUAUUUAAAAAUAGUUGAUCUUGAUAUAUUAGUUAAUUCAAAUGCUGAUGGUUCUCAAAAUCGUGGUCGUAGUCAAUCGGCAAAAAAGGUGAGAAUUGUAAUACUUUUUUUCUUGUGAAGAAAAAAGAUUAUUUUUUAUUAUAAAAAUAAAAAUAAAAAUAAAGAUUAAAUAAAAUCAUAAUGAUAUGUUAGGGUUCAAUAUGAUUUAAUUAAACAAUUUAAUAUUUUUCUAAAUGUAUAAAAAGCUGAAGAAAUUUGUGCAACGUUUAAUGAAUACUUUGCAGAUAGUUUUAAACAAUAGAAUGUAUUAGGUCGUGUUAAUUUUCAUAAAUGAACCAAUAAUUUAUUGAAAGGAAGCUUGAUUUUAGUAAAGUUGUUUACCUAAUGAAAAGCAAAACACUAUUUUAGUACAGAUUUAGCAACUUUUAAUACAUAAUGUAUGUUUAUUAUCGAGGAAACAAAAAGAGGUGAAAUAGACAUAUCUAUUGUUUUUUAUUUUGAUAUGUUUAUGCAAGUGUUAAUUAUUGUUGAAUGCAAAUAUUUGAUACGUUUGUUUUGUGCAAAGCUAUAAUUCUUAGGUGAAAACUUGUUUGAAGAAAUUAAUGAGUAGUCAAUUAAAAUAAAAAACAGGCUUUGUGCUAUUAUAUUUGAAUUCUGUUUAUAAAUGAAUUAGAAUUUGAUUUAGUUUUUAUAAUAAUUCAAAGAAAUUGUAUAGAUAUCAUGUUGUCUAGUUUUGUUGUUAUUUUAAAAUAUGCUUAAGUAUUUUAUUACUUAUUAUUGAAUUAAAGAUUAAGAAUGUAAUUUACUUUUAGAAGGGUGUGGGUGUGGGUGUCUUAUAUCUACCAUAGUCCCACACCCACACCCUGCCAACUAUAUGUGAGAAAAAUCUAGAUUGGUUGCAAUGAGUAUUGAUUGGCAUAUU